AACGGCAAGACGUACUCGUUCGUGAGCUUGCCAGGGAACGCGGUGAAGAAGCGGCCGCGGCGCAGGUACGACGAGAUCGAGCGGCUCUACCAGUGCAGCUGGCCGAACUGCUCCAAGGCGUACGGAACGCUCAACCACCUAAACGCGCACGUCACGAUGCAGAAGCAUGGCCAGAAGCGGAGCCCAGGCGAAUUCAAAGAGCUUCGGAAGCAAUGGCGCCAGGCGAAAAAGGAGCAGGAG